AUGUAUAUAAACAAAUCGAUGACCAAUUCAAAUCCAAUGGAAUACGACUGUGAUUCAGAUGAUUGGCAAGAAGUCACACUGCCUGAUUCGCUUUCAUCUGAAAAGUAUACUUGUUUAAUGUGUGAAAAUAAUUUUAACACAGCUCCACUAUUUUUUCAACAUCUUACCCUUCAACAUGAUUGGGUCAAUUUUUUAGACGGUGAAGGCAAAAGUAUUUUCAAUGAUCAAUAUGAUUGGAUUCGAUUCGUUAAUUUUGUUCGCAAAACUAAACCAGUGGAUUUACGUCAAGCAUUUUAUGAUAUGGUUUGGAAAACUGACUCCUUAGAUCUACUCUAUCCAGUUCUACCAGAUGAUGAAGUUCUAUCGAUCGAUAUUGAAUCCUAUUUAUUGGAUAAUCAUCGAAGUGAUCAGUCAUCUGGGAUAGUUGUACAUGAAAAGUCAACUAUUCAACAACCUGUAUCGCAGGAAAUGUCACGUAUCAUGGCAGAAAAUAAAAUGUUACGUACUCAGUUAAACAAUUGCAAACGUUUACUUUCAACUAUGUCUGCCCAAUCAAUUCGAAAAAAAUCAUGUGAUCAAUCGCCUGAUUAUGACUUCGACAUGGAACCGAAUGAUUCCUCAUAUUUUGGAUCUUAUGGUCAUUUUGAAAUACAUGGUGAAAUGAUAAAUGAUCGUGUACGUACUGAAUCGUAUGUGAAUUUUAUCUUGUCUAAUGCAAACAAAUAUUUUAAGCAUAAAAUUAUCUUGGAUGUUGGCUCUGGUUCAGGUAUCCUGUCGAUUAUCGCUGCACAAGCCGGUGCUUCACAUGUUUACGGUGUAGAAGCUGCUGACGAGAUCUAUACAGCUUCACAUGAAACUUUGAGAGUGAACAAUUUACUAGAACGUGUUACUUUUAUCCAUGGUCAAGCGGAAUCUGUUGAAUUACCAGUUAAAAAGGUCGAUGUUAUCAUUUCUGAAUGGAUGGGAUAUUUUUUGUUUUUCGAAUCAAUGCUUGAUUCUGUCUUAAAAAUGGCAUCAAAAUAUUUAUCCCGUGAUGGACAUAUUUUCCCACGUCAUUAUACAUUAAAUUUAUUAGGUGUACAAUGUUCCGAACAAUUGCGUAAACGUCGUUUAGAACAUUGGAAUGAUGUAUACGGGUAUAAAAUGCCAGCAUUACGUCGUGCUGCAUUAAGUGAAGCACAUGUAUUAAAUUUGACAAAUGAACAUGUUACACCGCCAAUAUCCCCUAUUACUAUAUUAACGCAAUCAUUUGAACUGGUUACACUGGAUUUAGACGAUAUGCAUCGUAAUCGUAUUUAUAGUUUAUCAAAUCAUUGCUCACUUUUAUGUGAACAAAAAUUUCAUUUAAUCAUACAACCUACAACUACUACUAAUAAUAACAAUAGUAGUAGUAGUAGUUAUAAAUUAGACGCAAUUGUUGGCUAUUUCAAUGUACGUUUUGAUGAUGAUGCCGAUUGUAAGGUUGAAUUUUCAACAUCCCCAACUACUCCUUUAACACAUUGGAAGCAAACUUUACUAUUUUUAGAUAAGCCAAUUCGUGUGAAACCAGGUGAUAAAAUCUCCGGCAUAAUAACUAUUCGUCGUGCAACUACCGAUAAUCGUGGCUUAGAAAUCAAUCUAUUAAUUGGUGAAACAGAAAAUUCACCUGAAAUCAAACAAACUUUUGAUUUAAUCGGUUAA